UAUGUAACUGGUGUAUAAGAAAAUAUGGUGGAUUAGAAACGGCUCAAUUGAUGCCAAAAUGUUGUACAGUUAAUAGAGCACGUUUAUGUUAUAAUCAUUUAUCAGGAUGUGAAGCUUUUUGUGAAGCAAAUACUGAAGAAGAAGUGCAAAAAAUUUUAAACUUACCAUCUGUAGAUUUGCAUGCAGAUUCAAUUAUUUCAGCUGCUUCAAGCCGCUUAUCAACUGAUAGCCAACAGUUUGCAAUUUCAAACUUUAUGCAUCGACUUCUUUUAGUUAAUGACCAAUCACGAUUUGAACAAUUGCUUCUAAGAAUAAUUGUUUCUAAUGCACUGUCUUUUACAUUUGUUAAAAAUGAGAAUACUAUUGCUGUAUUUGAAUUCUUUCUCUUAUUCAAGUUUAAUGACCAUCGUAGCAAUGUAAUUCAAACAAAUAGUAUUCCAUCUGAACUAGCCAAUAAUCAAACAUCUCUACAUAAUGCACCUAUAUUGUCAGAUGAAGAAGCUAAUAAACAAGAAUUAGUGUUCACAGAUUUAGAUUAUCAAAUUGAGUUAGGAGAUCGUGAAAACCAAUUUGAGAACAAAGAUAAUGAAAUUUUAUUAUCAAGUGAAUGGAAUACAGAUUUUAGUUUAGAGGGAUAA